GGCAGUGACGUGGUGUUUCAGUAGACUGUCCUACCAACCUAUACCCUGCUCCCGUCGCCCAGUCAUAUCACCUCUUGCAUCCCUCUUCGAUAUUGAUUGGCUGGAAGUUUCAGGGAAGAUAAUCUUCAUUUACUGCCAGACGCAUAGAGGAAAAGUGCUACAGGAAAAGUUACUUAGAUAUCUACAUGUACACGAGGUGUUGGGAGGAACAGUGCUGAUAUUGUCGUGGCUAUGGGAUUGUACCAGAGCAACGUGGUGCUCAACCUGCUGGUGGUGGUGAUUGCCGCAGUGCUCAUCACCCGUUACGUCAUCACUAACUUCUCCACACUCUUCCCCUGGGCACUUCACCCCUGUAGUCAACAAUGUAUAGAUGUGUACUUCAAGGGUCCACCGAAAGUUACUGACCCGGCUCUCCUCUCCAUGGUGAAGGAGUCCUACCUGACGCCUCCCCCGGCUAACCCAGACACCACUCCUUUUGAUAUUGAUGAGCAUGUGUGGAAUAGACUAGUGGACUGGAACGUGAUGCAGGAAAAUCUUAAGGAGAUAUGGAAGAACCAGGCUCCUGGGGUGUUCGUGGAGGUAGGGGUAGUGGAUGGGGAGUUCAUGAGCCAGACGCUGAUGUUGGAGAAGAACUAUAGCUGGACUGGUCUGUUGAUAGAGCCAGACCCUCGCUCCUUCCGAAUCCUACAGGAGCGCCGCCGAAACGCUUGGACCUCUCCUGUCUGUAUCCACUACAGUCACCCAGAGUCGAAAAAGUACUGGCUGCGAGACUUGGAAGAGGAGCUGCCUGACCACUUCUUGCAGCUGCUGAUGGCCCGUAGUAAGCUGGCCGACGAAACACUCACUGGGGAUGAGGAGCGAGGGAUCUACAUAUCGGUGCCAUGCAUGCCACUCUCCACCCUCCUACUGGCUGCCAACAUCACCUCCAUAGAUCUCCUCGCCUCAGCUACUGGAGUUGAUAAAGAUGAAAAAAGAAUCAAAGAUGUCAUCAACAGUAAAACUUUCGAUGUUAAGAUGCUGCUUCUCCACUUCCCAACGGGGCGAUUGUUUGAUGACCCCUACCCAUAUAUCCCUGGCUAUAUAAUAGACAUGGAGCACUCCACACUGCUGGUCAAGCUCUAUAUCAGGAGGUCCCACUGCAAACUCAUCAGCAAUGCUCAAUGCAAAAAAAUGCACCAUUAUGACAUAAAGGAGGCAUGCCAUAAAUACCUUUGUUUUAACUUUUUGACCGUGUGGUCUUAUUCCUAGACACGGUCACUGAAAAUUUUGGUCAACACAUGGCUAUAGAGUAGCAUAUUCUGAGCUACACCCCAUGUAGACAUGCUGCCUUUGCCUCAAACUAUUACACAUAUCUUGUUAACCGAGGCUUUAGCUUCUGACAACUUACUUUUGUCACCAUGGGUGCAAUCAAAUUGAAAUUUGCAACCAUACCUAUAUCACUUAGAAUAAAUAUUAAUUGAAGUAUG